CCCAAAUGUAAACGUCAAAUUCUCACAGAUCUUAAAGAUCGCUUAAAUUGUCAAUAACCAUAUUUUGACACUAACAACUGUUGAAAUUUUUGGAUUAAAGGAAAAUAGAAAGUAACAAAAAUGUCAGUAGAUAAUAGAAAUUGUACUGUUAACGAUAGCAGUAAUAUAACCUUAGAUCCAAUAUCUCUUCAAAAUCAAUUAGUUAUUGCAAGAAAAGAAAUAAAUAAUUUACGGCAGCAACUGAAUACUCUAAACCACGUUCAUAGAAAUGAACUAGAUCAUAUUAACAAAAAAUUGGCGGAAUGGCAGUGCCCUUCAUGUAGAAUAAAUCGUAUUUCGACCCAGACUUCCUCAGAUACAGAGCGAUACGAUUUCACAACAAAAUACAUCGGUAAAAUAAUAACAAACUUUCCACAAAAAAGAGGUACUCCAAGACAACCAGGCAUCUGCAAAGAAAUGACAGCUAAAGUAGUGAUUGAUAACAACGUUUUUACAAAUCCAGAACACGCACUUGAAGGCUUGCAAGAAUAUUCUCAUAUGUGGUUAAUCUUCCAUUUUCACAGAAAUGAUAAUUCAGCUUCAAAAGCUAAAGUUGCUCCACCCAGAUUGAAUGGAAUAAGAACUGGAGUUUUUGCUACAAGAUCUCCUCACAGACCGGCUCCUUUAGGUUUAUCUCUAGUUAAAAUUGACAGAGUCAUGGACAAUGUUAUUUAUUUCAGUGGGGUGGAUAUGAUUAACGAAACUCCUGUACUAGAUAUUAAGCCUUACAUUCCACAAUAUGACAAUCCAGUUUACUUAAGUACAGGAAAUUCUACUAAUAGAAAUGAUACUAUUGAUAAUGUAGCAAGUACAUCAAGUAUAUCCGAGCCCUCACCAGAUGAAAUUGAUUCCGGAAAUGAGACAAAUAGACCUGUUAAUAAUGAAAGAAUAAUGGAUGGACAAGAAAAUGAAAGGGAACAAGUUGUAGAUGCACCAGUGGUUAAUAAUUUACAUCGUACGACAGAAGAAUUGUUUUAUACCAGAUCAAAUUCAAGAAUAGGGGAGAGGGAAGCUCCAGAUGGGGAGGAAGAAGAAUCUCCAAGAAUUUCUCAAUCUGCAGUUACCUCGCAAACUGCAACUACUCCAGAAGGUCAUAUAAGAGUACCCGCUUGGAUUGACCAACCUUUAGUACCUAGAUUGACAGUAGUAUUUAGAGACAGAGCACUAGUACAGUUAAUCCAAUUAGGACCAGAGGCUGAAGAUAAGAAAACUAUAAUUUCUAAUGUCCUAAGAGAAGAUCCAAGAUCUAUAUAUUUGAGAGAACGUUGGGGUAGUCAUUGUUAUGUGUUUAGGAUAGCAGAUUUGCAUGUAUCCUGCAAAUUCAAUGAUAGUGCUCAGGUCGUUACAGUUUAUCAAAUUUUCCAGAACAAUCCUCCACAAGCAGAUGAAGAAUAGGACAAUGUAACACUUGAAGUAGAAUUUUCAUUUGCUUUUCAUUAUUUUUGCUUCCUUGUAAUUGAAAAGUAAUUUGAUUUGACACUUUAGUUAUAUUUGAUAAACAUCCCCUUUUUAGAUGCUAUCCCUAAAUCAAAAUUAAGCAUUCUUUAACGAUGUUCAUUCGUCUAAAGAAAAAUAGAUAAAACUGUAGUGCUUUUUCUCCAAUUAAAGCCUGAUAUACAUAUGGUUAGGUUUUAAAGAUGGUAUUAUAAUUACCGAAAACGUUUGUAAAGAAAAAUAGAAGUAAGCGUCCCAUUAUAUUACAAUUUAAACUUCCAAUGAAAUAAUAGAAAUCUAUAAAUGAAAAUUACAUAAUCAAAUGAAAUAUUACAAAAAAUACAUUUGUAGGGUAUUAUUUUUUAUUAUUCUUCUUGUAAAACCGCUCUCCAUGGUAAAUGACACUCCACACAGGGGCCAAAUGCAUGAAUUCUUGGCAGAAAUUAUUUUAAAGCAUUAAACUGUUGAGAAAUGAAUUAAAAGCACAUGUCUAGUAUUAAUAAUAAUAUCUUAUGUUUUAAUUUUAAAAACAAAGUAAACAACAAAAUGAUUAUUCUGAAUCUGAAGAAUCAUCUGAAUGUGGCGGAAGUAUCCGAAGUCUGCAAUAAUUCAAGAACUUAUUAAUAUUAUUUGCACGUUUUUGUGGCAGUUUUCGUAGACUUGUCAUUAAUGGGUCCAAAGAAAUUAAAAGACUGUUCAAAAUAUCUUCCACUUUACCACUUUAAACUGUUUGUUAACCUCAAUAUCCAACCCAGUAAUCUUUACUGCAACUUCUGGAUCGCUGAAAAAUCCCCUAGCCGUAUUCCCAUCAUUACGCUUCUAAAACAAGAUUUUGGCUUAUUGAUCCAUCCAAUCCCAUCUCAGUCACUAUUUUCUUAUUUUUCCACCAUUGUAAAAAGCAUAGUAAUUGUUGGAAUUUCUGGAACCGUUCCUGAUAUUCAUACUGAACACACUGUUUACAUUACCACUACACCAACAUUCUCAAUUACACUGUCUGACACGCAUAAGUUAUCCUCCUCAGAGACAAUAUUGAAACGCGCGUGUUGGUGUAGUGGUAGUGUAAACAGUGUGUUCAGUAUGUAUUUCAAUGUGAUUCAUGUGAUACGUCACUAGCUUUAUUUCUUCAAUUUAUUUGCUCAUUUUUUUAACAUUGUUUUCUGCUAAUUCUGUAGUUUUAUGUUGAAAAAUAAACUUAAUUGGUCUGCAGUAUUGCGUUGAUAAAGGUCUUGGAUUGUUUGAGAGCAAUCGUAUAGGUACAAGGUAUACAAUGAAGAUACUAGUGCCGAAUCAUCCAAGCCCCACUUAUAUAUUAGCUUCAAAUUAUUUAAAGUAUCCAUUUUUUAGGUUUCCAAAACUUCUUUCUGAGCAUCCAAUAGUCGAUUGACUGUGUGAUUAAGUAAAUUUAAUCUCAGCAACAGUAUCUGUAACAGUAAUAUGUUCUUUGGGUCGGUAACACUCCUUGGCAAUUUGUAUUUUAAUAUAAGAUGGAAACUUGGACUUAUCUUUUAAUCUCAUAGCUUUGUAUUUAUGUCUGGUAUAUUUGGCUUCAACGAACAUCAAUAUAGCUUCUCUUCCAGAAAGCUGUUGAUCCGAAGACCAUAAACUCAUUUGAUCAGCAAAAGUUAAUUCUUCAGAUGGUUGUUUCUGUCUCAAAUCUUCGGUUUUUUGACGUUUGAUCCGUUCCGAAGCUUCUUCGAAACUUUUUCUAGGGCUACCACGAUUUUUAUCAAUACCAGAAUAAUUCUUAAAACUCAUAGAAGAAUCGAGUGAAGACUUAUUGUAAAUAAUCCUAUCCUAUCCUCUUUUCUAUAAUAUUGUCGAUUUCCUUUUUUUUUUUUAAAAUCAGCCAUGAAAAAUGAAAUUCGCUUUUGUAACAUAUGCUUACAAUGGUUGGGACAUUUGCAAGGAAUUCCCUCAAAUUCGCAGAUUGGGUUGUUGACAUGACAUCGCCUAAUUGCUUCAUAUGUUCAAAUAAUGAUCGCAUCGUAAUAAAAAUAUCAUCUGACCCAUCUAACCUACAAAAAAAAAAGAAAAAAUUGAAAAAAAAUUGCUUUAGUGAAGACCCCCCCCCAUUUAAGAAGCAAAAUUCCGCAGAUUUUCAUUAAUGUUGCUACAAGAACACACGAUCCACUAAUAAAUCAGACAUUAUUCAAAAACAUGUUAUGAAAUGUUCAUAAGUAGAACUUUAGAUGUAAAAAAAUAUUCUUUUGUUUUAAAACCACACUCAACUAACAAUAAUUCACAAAAAUUUUAAUUAAUCACAUCGAAUUAUAAUUUUACAUUAAUAUCGUCAAAAAAACUGUGGUGGUUAAGAACUAGUUUCACGGCUUGAACUGUAUUGGAAUUUUUGAAAUUCUAGACGUUUUAGCUCCCACUUUGAAGCCAUUAUCAAGAAAAGGGUGGGGGUAGGGUGGUCAUUCGUUCAUUGGUAAGAAAUGAUCCGAUUCAGUGGUCUCAAUCUUCCUACUGCACGCAAUGAAUCACCCUUAUUUCAUGAUUGAUUCCAAGGCCUCAUUCGGCCUACUCCUUGGAAUUUCACCGAGGAAAUGGGAAGCAUCAAGAACACUGUUGACACUAACACACUCACUGUUGUUCUUGAGCUAACUGUGGAGCUAGUCGCCUGAACCUUGUGUGUAAAUAUUUUGGACGUUUCUCUAUUUCGAUAGCUUUUCAAAUAAUCCUGGACUUGGAGGAACGUGGCGAUUUGUCUGGCCAAUAUAGGAACGAGGACAUUCUGAGCAGGUGAUUUCAUACACUUCGUGGUGAUAUUUUGUCUUUGACGGAUCUGAUUAUGUUGGAGAGUUCAGAUUGGGUUUAAAUAUUGUAUUGUGUAUCACUUCUCCCAAUGAACAAGUUCAAACGAAUGACUAGGUCAACAUUCCCACUGUAUUAUCAAAAUUAUCACAUGUUUGUAUACUUUUGUUAUUUUACUAUAUCACCUACCUAAUUUUGUUUCAUUCCCACCCAAUUUUUUCUUUCAACUUCUGCCAAGAAUUCAUGCAUUUGGCCCCCUUAUGCGUCAUAUUGUUAUUAGGUACCUAUUUUCGAGUAAUUCGAAGCAUUUGAAAUUGUUUUUUAUGUUGCUUAAGCCUUGUUACCGACAACCAGAUUACAAAGGGUUGACAAUAGUUGUUGCAAACUAUUAGAAACAAAAUUACAUGUUAGAUGUGUUUACUUAUCUAUAUUUUCUUUCAAGGAUUAUACAGAUGGAAUUUUCUUUUUGUCGCACGAUAUGUUUUGUUCAUUUUACUUGAUUUUAAACACUUAGAUAUGUAGGAAUUGAAUGCUUAAAUCAAUACUAAUUGAGUUGGAUUAAUGUCGUUAUUAAGUUAUAAUGUAACCCGGAACCGUUGGUGAUACUUAUACUGAACACACUACACCUACACUCAUAAUUACAUUGUCUUACAAAGUCUUCAAAGAUCAAAGAUAAACUGUAGUCACUGAAGACGAUAACUUUAUUAUCAAAAAGCGAGUCAGGCAGUGUAAUUGUGAGUGGUAAUGUUGUUAAUGUAUUUUUUAAUUUAUUGAUAAAUUAUUUAUUAGUAAAAUUGUUUCAAACUGA